GUUCAUCUUCCCCUUUUCUCCACUAUCUUCCCUACCGACCGGUGCCUCUCCGCAGCCUGGGUUGGUGCCCCGAGGGCAUUUUGCUUUGCUGGAAAUCCAGUUUAUCAAGAAUUCCUGAGUUGUGUCACCAGCUUCUCCUCCUACAGACGACCCUGGUGGUCAGUCCUCGCCACCUUGGAAGUCAAGGACCAUCAGACACUCUCGCAGGAGGCACCGAAGGACGGAUAUCUACAUCACGCAUUCUUCGAUCUCACCUGCCUUGUGUGGUCGAAGAAGUCCCCUUCAACCCAUCUACUUCCCGUCUCCGUCUGGUUGCCCUGCCCACCUGUAUUUACUGCCCCCUGAUUUACCUGGGUUGAUCUUGCAGUCAGCCAACCAUCACCCCCUGAUCUCACUGUAUGUGUAUUGUAAAAUAUGGCCGCAAUUGCUCCAAUGGAGAUGCCCGGCCCCGCCGCCAAUGUCAUCCCGCUGCAGUGCUUGAUCUGCCCCAAGAAGCCCACCUUUUCGGACCUCUCGCACCUCUUGACGCACAUCGCUUCCAAGAGCCACUUGUCCCAGAAAUUCAAAGUUGGCUUGCGACCUGACCCCGAGUCCAAGGCCGAUACUGCCGCCUACCUCGACUGGGAGGCUCGCUAUGGCAUCAAUGAUCUCCUGGCCGAGCGCUUGGCUAGUAAAGAGAAGAAGACUACUGGCAAGAAGAGAGCCCGGACCUUUGCUUCUGCCUCUGGGCCUCGAGACCGCCCUCAUGAUGAUGACACUGCUCUGAUGAUGGAUAGUAUCAAGAUCGAGCCUGAUGAGAUUCUUCACGCCCAAGCUAUAUACGGUUGGUCCUCUUCUUCAACACGUCAGGGGUACUUCGACAAUUCCGGCUUCCAGACCCCUACCACUCGUCGUUCUCGAGACAGCGCCACGCUUCCCAGCACCCCUCAGCAACAGCACAGCAUGAUUUUGAGAAGACGCCGCUUCCCAUCUGAGUCAACUGCUGUGAGUGGGACGACAUCUGAGCUCCUGUCCGAGAGCACCGAAAUGCCUGAAGACACCAAUGAGGGCGACAAUGCCACUAAGCUCAAGGGUAUUGUGUAUGAGGGAAUGGGGCUCUUUGAUUCUGCCACGACUCCGCAGAAGAAGAAGCGGAACCAGCGCAAAGACGCAUCUGUUUUGGUGAAGAUGCAGCAAACGUCGAGAGAUAUCACAUCCGUGGAGACAGUCUACGAGCUGACCGAGGAGGGUCUCAAGCGUUUGCGCGAGCGAGAUGUAUAUGACAGCCCUUCCGUUGAUGGCAGUCAGGUAUGUUGGCGGUUGUCAUUCCAUCCCAUUUUAGGCCAAAGAUCAAUACUAAUACGACCCCCAGGAUGAGGCGGAGCCUAGCAAGAAGAAGCGGGCUCGUCGUACGCUCACUACUGCCACUUCGAGACAAGCGCGCCGUUCUUCGGCCCGCCUAACCAGAAAGAUGACUGCGGCCCCCAAUGAUUUUCACAAGACAGAGCGACUUGAUGAAGUGGAUGAGGAUGCUGAUGGUGAGAUCGAUGACGAUGUCGGACCAGCCACCCACACCCAUCUCCCGGCGGAGACGUACGAUGUGUUCAGUGAUGGCCCCAAGCCGGCCUCUCAGCACUCUUGGAUGGGCGGCGGUUGGCAGAUGACCAACGGCCCGUUGGUGGCGACCCGCCAUCACAGCCCGAUGGAAGAUUAUGGGUGAGUAAAAGAAGCGACCUUCUCAAGUGUAUACUUCGAUGGCCGCUAAUAUGUUGCCAGGUAUGACAGCCGCCGGAGCAACGCGUUGCGCUCCAUGAGCACGAACCAUCCCUCGGAAGCGGUCAGGACCCAUUCGCCCUUCCACUUUCCCACUCGGGAUGCUGGUGCCUCUGCGUUCACCAGCCAGCCAUCCAUUCCUGCCGCCCCGUUCUAUCAUCCGCACGGGUUGUCGAAUGCCGGCACCUACACGGGCAACCCGUUGUGCGCCCAGCCUCGCCCAAUCUACUACAGCGCGGGCUACACGGGCUACACCACCGCCGACAUCAAGCCCCAGCCCGGCUUCCAGGCGGUCAACAUGACCCAGAACUUGGGCAACCUGGGCUACGGCUCGUACAACCAGGGCCAGUACUCGGCUGAUCAGCACGACAGCGUCAGCCAGGACUUCGAUCUCUGAGGUUGAGGAAGGGCAACGUUGGCCCUCAUCACUUGGGUUAGGGGCCAACACCUUCCUUCUGUACAUUACCAAGAUUUGCUCAGCCGGCGGCUCUGAGCUCAAGGAGCUGGCCUCUUCCUCUUCCAGAUGAUCGCGCGGGCGGAGUCUUUUUCGAGGGAGAAAAGCGAGUGCUCGCUUUCUGGCACGUCAGCUGUCAGAUCGACGGGGAGGGCGUGGGAACCCCCCACACGAACAAAGGCGUUUGAUCUCGUUUGAUUCCUAGCAUCCUCGACUGAAUCACUGAUAUUUGCAUGGUUGGAAGGCGGUUAGGAGGGAAAAUACAUGAACACGAUGGCUUUUACUUGGGGAAAAGUUUAUCUUCCAACCUAGGUAAUCGGGUUAUUAGCUUUCGGGAGGUUUCUUCUUUUUUUUUUUCGUCUUCUUACCAUUUAGCAACAAUAAGCUUGCGUUAGAUCAGAGAGGUCUUGGAGGGAUGGAUGCUAACAGAUAGUAUAGCCUUUAUAAAGCCCUA